UUUCACUCGAUAGGCUGAAAUCUUAUCAAAUAUCGAAUCUUAUAAAAGGUCAUUUCCCUUAUUAAAGGGACUUGCCCAAAUGAAUACAGUAUCUUUCAUUUCAUACAAGGAGGCUACAACACCAAGCGAGCACAUACAAUUUUUCUCAUGCAAGGUUCAUCACUCCCCAGCAAUCUGUAAGCAAACUAUAGCAUUUAGAUGUCUACAAUUUUAGUUCAAGUUUUGAAGAAGAAGACCAAAGGAAAUGAGGGAUGUUGUCGUGGCUAACAAGAAUAGCAAUGGCUUGUUGGAGACCAGGGAGGCAAUAUGCACGUAUGAGCAAGGAUGACAUUUUAAAUGAUGAUGAUGAUUCUACUACUGCCGACUCUCUUCUAUGGUCUAGAGACCUUGAGAAACACUCUUUUGGAGAGUUCUCUUUUGCUGUGGUUCAAGCCAAUGAGGUUAUUGAAGAUCAUAGUCAAGUAGAGACUGGUCGUGAUGCUACUUUUAUUGGUGUUUAUGAUGGUCAUGGUGGACCUGAUGCGUCUCGGUUCAUAUCUGACCAUUUGUUCUUAAAUCUCAUGAGGCAUGCCAGAGAAAGAGGAACCAUCUCUGAAGAAAUCCUUAUAAGUGCCGUCUCUUCAACUGAGGAUGGGUUUCUUACUCUUGUCCGUAGGUCAUGUGGAAUAAAACCAUUGAUUGCAGCAGUUGGAUCUUGUUGCUUGGUUGGAGUCAUCUGGAGAGGGACAUUAUUUGUUGCUAAUCUCGGUGAUUCUCGAGCUGUAAUUGGCUCUUUAGGUAGAUCGAAUAAGAUAGUUGCCGAGCAGUUGACCAGGGAUCAUAAUGCUAGUAUGGAAGAGGUUAGACAAGAACUAAAAUCCUUGCAUCCAGAUGAUUCACAUAUUGUUGUUAUGAAGCAUGGAGUAUGGCGAAUCAAAGGCAUUAUUCAGGUAUCUAGAUCUAUAGGUGAUGCAUACUUGAAGCGGCCUGAGUUUUCUCUUGAUCCUUCUUUUCCACGAUUUCACCUCCCUGAACCCAUUCGUCGGCCUGUCCUAACAUCGGAACCAUCCAUAUACUCAAGGGUUUUACGACCCAAUGAUAAAUUUGUCAUAUUUGCAUCCGAUGGGCUGUGGGAACACCUAACAAACCAGGAGGCAGUGGAGAUUGUGUACAAUAAUCCACGAGCUGGAAGUGCAAGGAGACUAGUCAGAGCAGCUCUACACAUGGCAGCUAGGAAGAGGGUGAUGAGGUAUGAUGAUCUUAAGAAGGUUGAUAGGGGGGUCAGGCGUUUUUUUCAUGAUGAUAUAACAGUAGUUGUGAUCUUUAUAGACCAUGAGUUGCUAGGAAAUAGUACAUCUGUGCCAGAGAUGUCAGUGCGAGGGUUUAUCGACAGUGUUGGACCAUCAAACUUUAACUUUCUUCAAGGAGUUGACGCUGAUGCCCGGUCCAUCAUCUAAACGAGCAUCUGGGCACUUGAAAUGGGCAGUCUAGUAGCCUAGUCAAAGGAGCAAACUUGGCAAGUUUCUGCUGUCAGUUCCCUUGUCUUCUUUUCUGCUUUUUUGCAACUUCUUAUAUCUUAUAGUGCUGGUACCUCCCCCUUCUCUUUUCCAAGUUUUUGUGGGCCGUCGAGCCUGAUUUCUUUCACUCUGAUACUGUGCUCCAUGUUGAAAUUCUUACGAGGGAAGUUACAGUUUUUUGGGUUUGACAUGUGGGACGUAUACACCUGAAGUUUGUGCUAUUCAUACGCCAUGUUUCAAUAAAAAAGUGUGUUCGUCUGGUUAAUUUCUA